AUGGUUCAAGGUGAGAACACGAGUGUUCUCUCUGCUGCAGAUCGCUGUCCCAACUGCAGCUCCUCCACCUACCCAGAGGUGGAUGUAACCAAGGUGGUGAUUUUGGCGAUGGUGCUGGUGGUGUUUGCAGUGUUCGGGGUCCUUGGCAACAUCCUGGUCAUCCUGUCAGUGUUGUUCCACCGCCGCUGGCGCUCUGUGACACACUACUUCAUCGCCAACUUGGCAGCAGCAGACCUAUUGCUCAGCUCCGCCGUCCUGCCCUUCUCUGCCACCUCAGAAGCUCUCGGCAGAUGGGUGUUUGGCCGGUUCUUCUGCAGCGUCUGGGCCGCUCUGGAUGUGCUCUGCUGCACUGCCUCCAUCCUCAGCCUGUGUGUGAUCUCUAUCGACCGCUACCUGGCUGUCAGCUACCCUCUGCACUACCCUGCCAUAGCUACGGGGCGGCGAGGCCUCACUGCGGUGGCCGCUCUCUGGGGACUCUCGGCAGCCAUAUCUGUGGGCCCUCUGUUUGGCUGGAAGGAGCCUAACCCAGAGGAUGAGACAGUGUGCCGAAUUACAGAGGAGCCCGGCUACGCCUUGUUCUCAGCAUUAGGAUCUUUCUAUAUACCUCUGGCCAUCAUCCUGGCCAUGUACUGCCGUGUGUAUACUGUGGUGAAGAGAAAGACAAAUACCAUCAGGAAGGGCAGUAAGGGGGAAGCCAUUGAGACAGAGGGGGUGAUGCUGAGGAUACACAGAGGGAACGCUGGUCAGAUGGGGAAACAGGAGGAUGACGAGGGGACCGAGAGGCAUAAACGCUCCUCUUUUUCUCUGCCAAGGCUGCUGAAGUUCUCAAGAGAAGAGAAGGCAGCCAAGACUCUUGGCAUCGUUGUCGGCUGCUUCAUUCUGUGCUGGCUACCUUUUUUCCUGGUUUUACCCAUCGGAUCCAUGUUCCCAUCCUGUAGGCCCUCUGAAACCGUGUUUAAAAUAACCUUCUGGCUGGGCUACCUCAACAGUUGCAUUAACCCCAUUAUCUACCCAUGCUUCAGUCGGGAGUUCAAGAAGGCCUUCCACAACGUGCUCCGCGCUCGCUGCCUGAAAACUGCCACACCAAAAGGACACAUCACCACCCAUUCCUCCAGUUCAGGCCCCCCCGCAUCUAAUACCUCUGAUCCCUCAGCCCAAAACGGCGCCAGUGUUUCCUCAUGUUGUUGCUGCAGGGCCCUGUCAACCUCCUCGUCAUCUGUCGGUGGUCCGGAUCAGGCUCAAAGUGCACAAAUCCAGAGAAAGAGUCUGCUGAAGGCGUGGUGUUUCUCAGCACGUCGAACUCCAGUACCACAGAACUCCUCCGGUCACGGUUCAACUAAGGUCUUACGUCUUUCUCUUGGCCUUAAAGGAGACGCUGUUUGA